AUAGAACUUGCACGGUUGAAUUGUUUUGGGUUUCGCGUCUAAGUGAGCAACAACAUGUGUCAAUACAAACAAUCUCAUGUUUAUUAUGCAAGCAACUCGUCAAACAGACAGGAUCAAAGCCAGAGGAUGACAGAAUCAGCAGAGAACCCCGCUGCUGGAGCAGAAGAGGAACAGACAGAUCUCCAGGCCAUUAUAGCUUAUCUUAUACGAAGUGGACAAGUUAGAAUCCUCAGACAUGAAGAUGACAGCAAUGUAGAAGACGAGGAUGAAGAUGAUACUGAAUUUUAUGGACCUGCUAACCCUCCAACAGCUGACCGAAAUCCAGAUACAGGUUUAUUAGAGAAAAGCGACCUGAAACAGUUAAUACUUGGACAAUCUGGCCGAACCCAGAAGCGACCACGAAUGUCUAUACCCACACUUCCACACAUGAUCCAGAAUAGAGAAAUUGGUGCCAACAGAUUUCAGCAGUUUACUGGUGGUGACAGACGCAUUAUAGGAUGUCAAUUCCUUCCUAAUCACCAGGAUGUGGUGGCCAAGUAUCACCACAAAGUUUUCUGUGGGACUUUCUCCAAAGAGGGAAAUAUAUUCCUCACAGCGUGCCAAGAUCAACAUAUACGGAUAUAUGAUACAACUAGGGGCAACUUUAACCUGCUCAAGACGAUACGAGCCAAAGAUGUUGGAUGGAGUAUCCUGGAUACAGCCUUCAGUCCUGACGGUAACUACAUCAUCUACUCCAGUUGGUCUGAUUGCAUUCAUCUAUGCAAUAUUCACGGAGAAUACGAUACCCACAAUGCCUUGCACCUGUUUCCCGGGGAACACAGCUUUUGUAUAUUUUCGUUGACUUUUUCCUCUGACAACCGGGAGAUCCUAGGAGGAGCAAAUGAUGGUUGCCUGUAUGUGUACGACAGAGAAAGUAACCAACGGACACUCAGGAUUGACGCCCACGAGGAUGAUGUGAAUGCCGUGGCCUUUGCCGACAGUUCCUCUCAGAUCCUGUUUAGUGGCGGGGACGACGGUUUGUUGAAGGUUUGGGACAGGAGAACCCUGCGAGAGGAAAACCCAAUCCCCGUUGGUGUACUGGCUGGACACUCGGACGGUAUCACCUACAUAGACUCCAAGGGAGAUGCACGGUUCUUGUUGUCUAACUGUAAGGACCAGUCAAUGAAGCUGUGGGAUGUACGCAGGUUCUCCUCCCAGGAAGGUGUUCAGUCCACGAAGGGCGCGGUGGCCAAACAGAGGUGGGACUAUAGAUGGCAGCAGUUCCCGAAACGAGCCUCUAAGAAGAAGAUUCUGAGUGGGGACUCCUCCAUUAUGACUUACAGGGGUCAUUCCGUGCUUAAUACACUGAUAAGAUGUCACUUCUCCCCGGAGUUGACCACUGGUCAGAGAUACGUGUACUCGGGUUGUGCCAGUGGAACUAUUGUAGUUUAUGAUCUGUUGACGGGAAAGAUUGUAGCCAAGCUGUCAGGACACAACACAUGUGUGAGAGAUGUGUCCUGGCACCCCUACGAGAACAUCAUCAUGAGUACCUCGUGGGACAGCACUGUAGGUAAAUGGACGUACAAGUACCAAGACCCGUCAGAUAACGAAGAGACUCAGGAGAUGAGCGGUGACGAAGACGAAAAUGAUUCAGAUGAAGAAUCAUUUAGCAGUAUACGGCGUCAUCGUCGUAGUAGCGCACGAUUGAGAAUGCUGCAAAGAAGGAGACGAAAAGCCAACGUCUGUGUAGAGAAAUGUGGCCUGCUGGAUUAGGUGCACAAGAAACAUUUGUGUUAGAGUGAUAUUGGUAUACAUUGAUAUCAAAUAGAGUGAUAUUGGUACAUUGUAUUGCGUUGAUAUCAGUUAGGUACAUCGAUAAUAAGAGACAAAUGAUCACAAUGUAUUUAGAUUAAAACAUUAAGUCUUGUAGAAGUGGAAAUAUUUGUUUUUGGAAAAUUCACAUUUUCACUCCUCAAACUAUUCUUAUAUUGGAAAUAUUUGCAUUAGCAAUGCAUUUACAGUGAAUAUUUUGUCUUAUACUAAUAGAUUUGUGCAGAUAAGUUACGAAAUAAGCUAAACAUUUCAAUAUCACGAAACUUCCACAGGAGUUACGUCUGGUGUGACUGUGUUGGUAACUUUAUAUAUAGCAGUAACCAAACAGUGUUAACAGGAUGAUUAGGAUCAUUUUGUUGAUUUUAUUAUCUGUUUGUUAUAAGCAGAGUACUCUUUAUUAUUGUCCAGUGUGUUGUUUUUGAUAAGUACAAUAAUGGUCAUAUUCAGCAAUAUCUAUAUACCUUUCAGUAUUUAUGUUAACUAACUUAGUUCAAAUGUUUUUAUUUCUUAGAAAUAGAAGACAACUAUAGAAUGUUACUGUGCAGACAACUAGAAAAGUUACUGUAUAGACAACUACAGAAAGUUACUGUAUAGACAACUAUAAAAUGUUACUGUUUAGACAACUAGAAAAGUUACUGUAUAGACAACUACAGAAAGUUACUGUAUAGACAACUAUAAAAUGUUACUGUAUAGACAACAACAGAAAAUUACUGUAUAAACAACUACAGAAAGUUACUGUAUACACAACUACAGAAAGUUACUAUAUACACAACUACAGAAUGAUACUGUAUAGACAACCACAGAAAGUUACUGUAUAGACAACUACAGAAAGUUACUGUAUAGACAACUACAGAGUGUUACUGUAUAGACAACUACAUAAAGUUUCUGUAUAGACAACUACAGAAAGUUACUGUAUAGACAACUACAGAAAGUUACUGUAUAGACAACUAUAGAGUGUUACUGUAUAGACAACUAUAGAGUGUUACUGUAUAGACAACUACAGAAAGUUACUGUAUAAACAACUAUAGAAUGUUACUGUGCAGACAACUACAUAAAGUUACUGUAUAGACAACUACAGAAAGUUACUGUAUAGACAACUACAGAAAGUUACUGUAUAGACAACUACAGAAAGUUACUGUAUAGACAACUACAGAAAGUUACUGUAUAGACAACUACAGAAAGUUACUGUAUAGACAACUACAGAAAGUUACUGUAUAGACAACUACAGAAAGUUACUGUAUAGACAACUACAGAAAGUUACUGUAUAGACAACUACAGAAAGUUACUGUAUAGACAACUACAGAAAGUUACUGUAUAGACAACUAUAGAAAGUUAAUGUAUAGACAACUACAGAAAGUUACUGUAUAGACAACCGCAGAAAAUUACUGUAAUGACAACUACAGAAAGUUACUGUAUAGACAACUAUAGAGUGUUACUGUAUAGACAACUAUAGAAAGUUACUGUAUAGACAACUAUAGAAAGUUACUGUACAGACAACUACAGAAAGUUACUGUAUACACAACUAUAGAAUGUUACUGUAUAGACAACUACAUAAAGUUACUGUAUAGACAACUACAGAAAGUUACUGUAUACACAACUACAUAAAGUUACUGUAUAGACAACUACAGAAAGUUACUGUAUAGACAACUAUAGAAUAUUACUGUAAAGACAACUACAGAAAGUUACUGUAUAGACAACUAUAGAAAGUUACUGUAUAGAGAACUGGAGAAAGUCAUUAGUUAUAGAUAACUACAGAAAUUGAACAAUAUAUAAUUAGUGAAGGUCAUCUAUAGAUAACUUGAGAAAGCUAUUGAAUAGACUACAGAAAUUGUUUCCUGAAUUGCCCGAAAUUUAUAAAGUGACCGUUUACAAAUAGUUUCCAUUAUCAAACAGAUCAUAUUUCUUCAUGACUGUUCAUGAGUUUAUAAGUAGAUUUGUGUGGUUUUCUUUUGGUUGUAGAUAUAAAGAAUCGUCUAACUACAAACUAUCAAGACUAUGCUGUCCUAACUUGUCUGUACGAUAUAUAUUUUGUACAUAGACAUACAUUAUUUGUCAGUAUGAUAUCGUGGCCUGUUGAAUUUGGUCCUUGUACUAUGCAAUAGUUUGACCUAUGUUGUUGGUAACCUGACAGGUGUGAAGCAUAAACAAACUAUCCGAAAAAUCUCGUACACACAUGUGAAACUUGUAAAAUAGUCAGCAGGAAUCCUUUGAAUUUUCUGUUCAUUACAUUCCUUAAAAGAGUGGGGGAUUGUCACUGUUUGAAAUUUUGUGUUGGAGCACUGUCACACUUGAUUGGACGUUUAGAUCUGAUGUGCCUUGGUAUAGUCAUAAAGCAGAGAAUUUCUCUGGUAACAUUUCAAUGAACAAUAUAUCAACAGUUUUUGAAAGAUUUAGUGUUAAGUUUAAACACAAGCUGCCUGCAACAUUCAAAGUCAAACACGCACCUAUUAGUACAUGUAGGCUGUGAAUUGUUUCCAAUUAUGCUGGAACAAGAGUUGUACAUAUGCUUUCUGAAGUAACACAGAGCACUAAAUUUAUAUUUAAAGAUAAUGCACACCGAUAUUAUUAGUUUUCUACUUUAUUUAAUUUAUUACAGUAACGAUUAAGACAUAAAGACUUAAGUAGGGUUCUGCCCACUUUCUCCAAAUUCUGCUUUUCCCUAGGUGUCUGUUACUCUCUUCAUACAUUGAAAUACAUUGUACAUAUACAAUUUAUAUAUGAUAUAGGUUUGUGAAUUUAAAGUUUAGUUAUUGUCAAAGUAAAUCAGGUUCUCCUUUUGCUGUAUCUGAAUGAGAUCAUGGAUUAUGUACCUGUUUUUUUAAUUUAUUUUUUAAGAAAUGUUUUGUUUUAUUUUGUCUGUUAUAAGUAAGACUAUUUUCAUUGUUUUCACUGGAUAUCUGUAUAGUUACUGUAACUAUACACACCAGUUCCUUUAUUGCAUGAUUUAUUUAAAAAAAUUGAUAUGGUUCAAGAAUAGAUACAAAAGAAAUUAUCCAUUUUUUUCAUAUAACUUAACAAGUAAUGAGGAAAAAACAUAGAGGAUUAUUUGUAUGAUGACCAUGGAUAUAUCUGGAUAUAUGCUGAACAGUAUUGGUAUAUAUAUCAGACUUUUGUAAACUUAUUGUUGGAUAUGGAUUCCAUGUAAUUACAUUUUACGGUUCGAAAAAAAUGUUGGGAUGGAAAUUUGUCCUCUCAUCACCAACACUCCCUGUUAGAUGAAAACCAUGAAUGUAAUUUAUGAUUUGUUUUUUAGCCUUAAGCUCUGGUUGAUUACUAAUGGUGAUAUACAUUAUUAUUAUGAAACAGUUGUCAGUUUGCUUUUGAUUAAUACAGAUUUAAGCAUGCUUUUAUGCUCGGUACUGAAAAUACAGUCCUGUUUUUCACUUGGUUAUUAUUUAUCCUACAAAUACUUCAUUGUAUGUACAUUUGUAUUUAUUUAAAGUGCAGUCUUUUUAAUCCAGUCACUCGUAAAACUUUGAUUACCAGAUAAGAAAAAAACUUUAGCCGUCACUCACGCACACAUCCUUAAAUGACCUUAGCUGUUAAUAGGAGGUUAAACAAGAUGAAACCUAAACCAAACCCAGCAAAAAGUGAAACCAAAAGUGUAUUGUUGGAAUAAUUAUAUCCCUGAAAUAAGCAUCUGGAAAGAUUUUCAGAAAAUAUGAGUCCAGCUUUAAUGAAGAGAGUAUCCACAAAACAUACAUAAAUAAUGUUAGUAGGAUAACUCAGCAUCAACCAAACACUGCUUACAACACAUUUAAAGGAUCCUAGAUUCUAAGAAACUAAUGUAGUAUAGAAAUAAGUCACUAAUUGAACCUGGUAUUCUAUUGUUUCUAAGAAAAAAAUGUUGUUUCAGUAUCAUAAACAAAUAUAAUGCUACUAUAAACUAUAGGUUAGCUAUAAGCUAUAGGUUAGCAAUACAGGUUAGCUAUAAGCUUUUAUAAGCUAUAGGUUAGCUAUAAGAUAAACAUGUAGGUUAGCUAUUUACUAUAGGUUAGCUAUAAACUACAGGUUAGCUAUUAACUAUAGGUUAGCUAUAACCUACAGGUUAGCUUUACACCAUAAGUAAGCUAUAAACUACAGGUUAGCUAUACACCAUAGGUAAGCUAUACACUACAGGUUAGCUAUACACCAUAGGUUAGUUAUAAUCUACAGGUUAGCUAUACACUAUAGGUUAGCUGUAAACUAUAGGGUAGCUAUAAGAAAUAGGUUAGCUAUAAACUACAGGUUAGCUAUAAACUACAGGUUAGCUAUACACCAUAGGUUAGCUAUAAACUAUAGGUUAGCUAUACACCAUAGGUUAGCUAUAAACUAUAGGUUAGCUAUACACCAUAGGUAAGCUAUAAACUACAGGUUAGCUAUACACCAUAGGUUAGCUAUAAACUACAGGUUAGCUUUACACCAUCGGUUAGCUUUAAACUAUAGGUUACCUGGUUGCUAUAAGUUAGCUAUAAACUAUAGGUUAGCUUUACACCAUAGGUUAGCUAUAAUUUAUAGCUUAGCUAUAAGCUAUAUGUUAACUACAAUUUAUAGGUUAGAUAUAAGAUAUAUGUUGGCAAUAACUUUAGGUUAGCUAUAAGCUAUAGAUUAGCUAUAAACUAAACACAAUUUGAUUGAAUGAACCAAAGAGCCAAGGCUGUGUAAUAGUUAUAUAAUUACAGCAUGCCAGGCUACCAUGGCAAAGAGCCAAGGCUGUGUAAUAGUUACUAAUUACAGCAUGCCAGGCUACCAUGGCAAAACACAAAAGUGAAUCCCAUUUAGUUUCAUUUAGGAGCUUAUUUGUAAAUAUACGUAGCCUGAACAGUUUUACUUUUCCCAUACAAUGUAAAAAAAAAU